AUGGACAUGCCCAUCGCCUUGGUGUCGCCCCUGUGGCCACCGGGAGGCGAGCGAAAGGCUAUGGUGUACUUCAUGAGCCUCCGCGGCGUGCGCAAGAUGUUCGUGGACUACUACGCUGUGCGCAGCAUCCUGUGCAGCUAUAGCGUGUGCCUAGACGAGCGCGAUGUCUCCAUGCACGCCGUCUUCAAGGCUGAGCUCGCAGAGCUCCUCGGGCCCGGCUUCGCAGGCACCGCGCUCUCGCUCAUGUUCAUCGACGGCCAGUACCUUGGCGGCGCCGAGGACGUGCACUUCCUACAUGAGGCGGGCGAGCUCGGGCGUGCCCUGGAGGGGUGCGAGGCCGCACCCUCAUGGAAGCUCGGGUACAUGGAGGCGUGCGCCGCCUGCGGCGACGUCCGGUUCGUGCCGUGA